AUCGCCUCGCUCCUCGCGUAGCCCGCCAACCCGCUCGCCGACUUUUGCCGACCGACAUCAACAAACAUAUCGAAAGCUUUGUGUGCCUUCAUUUCUCCUUGAUUGACUUUUUUUUUUAGAGGAGAAGCAAAGACGGUCUAUCACCUCACUCGACUUCCAUAUCGCUCUUGUUGCCUUUGCUUUUUUUUCCCUCCUUGGAGCAAAGUAACGGGAAACAAUACCAUCUACGACCAUCACGCCACCAUGCCUUCCCAGGUCGCCACAACGCCGCUCUCCGCGCCCAUCCCGAUCCCGCCCCCGCGCCGGAACCUGGGCUUGAUCACGACCCAGGAGCUGUUCGCCAGCCUCAACGCCACCCUGGCGUCCAAGUCGGACGAGCUGGUCACGCCCGUUCGGCAUAUCCAGGAGCAUGACUACUCCGUCCCGGCCCCGCCGCCUCCGAGCCCCGUCAGCUUCCGGGACCACUGGCCGGCGACGAUGCGUCACUGAGUAAGCGGUCGACUUUCCCGAUUGUCGGGGUUAUUCUUUUUCCCUUUCCCUUCUAUCACUCUCUCCUUACUCU